UUCCUGAGAAGCAGUCACCCGGCUGUUGCAUUUUCGGUUAUCCAUUGGUCUUGUCUGGACCGUGAAGUCGCGGGAGAGUUUGGACAAAAAUGGUGGAUAAAUAAAGAGUUCACUAAGGCCGUUUAAAAAAAAUAUCAAUUUACGGUCUGCUUAACAGGGUGGCGCUCCCGUAGACACCAAUGCGAUAGCAGCUGGGCCUGGUCUGCUUUGUUCAUUGAUUAAACCAGAAAAAACAGCGACUGGAUUGGAAUCCUUCCUGCCCCCACAAAAAACGUGAUUAGCUAGCAUAUUGACGCCGAUAAAUACAGAAACAAAUGGCUUUGAAUGCUAACUGUCAAUGGUGACCGUUAGGAUCGCGUGACAAGAAUGGAGGAUAAUUUGGAGCGCGUGCUCCAUUGCGAUGACAAGGAGGAGUUGAGGCGGAAACUGGCCCUGCUACAGAGGGAGUACUCCAGGACAGUUCAGAGAUUACAGCGAGCUGAGCGUUCAGAUGCCGUGCGGAAGCAUGUGAGGAGUCGGAUCUCUGAGCAGAACCUCCAGGACCAGACAGACCCAGUCCCAGCCAGCACCUUUCCCAACCCAGCUCUACCCUCCCUCUCCCCUGGUAGCCCUGCUAGGACAGCCCCAGGUUCGGCCUCACCACCAGGCCCCGCUGGAGACUCGACUGUGGCGGCAUCGUGUCCAGUGGAAUCUGAGAACCCCAGGCGGAGGAGUCCGUCCAUCCGCUUCCUCCUCCCCGUCGAUGACUCUUGCCCUCGGACACCUGACCUUAACCCUCACAGACGAAGCCACUCCCUCCGGCUAAGGUCACGGAGAAGCCGGUUGCGCUGGGAGCGGACGGGGAGGGUCCAGGGCGGCGAGGGGGCAGGGGGGAUGUACGACACGGAGACCAGCGAGGAUGGGCUGGAGCUGGACGCACGGACAGAUAAAGAAGAGGACGGAGAGAAGAGAAAUAUGGAGGAAGAGAAGGAGGGUGAGAGGGAGGAGAAUGAGAGGGACACUCCAGAUAAAGAGGCACUGAAACAGAGAGAUGGAGAGGAGAGAAAAGAACAGAGGACAUAUGGACAGAAGGAGAUGGAGAAGGAAGGGGUGAACCUGAGGAGAGAUGGAGAGCAUGAGAGAGAAGAGGGUGGUGAUUCAGGAGCUGUGGGAGUCUCUGUGUUAGGGGCUGUUGGGUUGUGUAACACUGGGGGGGUCCUGGACUCGUGCACUCUGGUGGAAGGUCUGCCGUUCCCUGUAGAAUACUACAUCAGAACCACGAGACGCAUGGCCUCUUCACAGAGCCACAGAGACCUGCAGGCCGUCAUUCUGAACCAACUCAACAGGGGGCGCCACAGAAGGAGCAGGGGCCAGAUGUCUGACACACACUCACUCUCAACUUCACACUCCGACUCACUAGCACAACCCUCCAAUCACCGCCAGUGCUCAAGUCAACUGACCUCAAACUCACCGACCAAUCGCACACCGGUCGAGGAGCCAUCAGCCAAUCAGAUGCUUACCGCUGAGUCAGGGGCCAAUCAGAGUGAGCGUUUACCUUCCAGAGCCUGCAGUGUUCGGCCUAUCAGAGGCCGGAGGAGGAGAGGAAGGAAGCCGAGACUGGGCCGCUCUCUAAGUUUGGACUCGGAUCCUCCAGCACCAGGCCCAGACAACACCCAGACCCCGGCCGCUAUUAGCCCAGCCUCACAGCCUCUCCCUGGGGGUGGAUGUCUGGAGCGCUGGCCUCUUUCUGGAGGUGUGGAGGAACAGCUUUAUCCCAUCUUCAGAAGGAGCUGUGUCUCUCCCCUCAUUCACACAUCAAAGCAGAGCAAAGAGAGUGUGUGGUCUCUCCUCCUGCCCUCCUCCCUCUCCCCUGGAGGACCAGCAGUGCACCCUGGGAGUCUGGGCCGCGUCAUCUCAACCUUUGACCUCCGGGAUUUCCAUCUCCCCGACGACCAGUUCGGACAGCUAAAGCUCCAGAAGCUUCGCGCCUCGUCUGCCGUUGCCGUCCCAGAACUGGAAUCCUUCUCACCUUACAACAUGCGUCGUCGCCGCAGCAGAGGCUCGGUCCACGGUCUCCACGGCGACACAGGCGGUCAGACAUCUAAAGCGCCUACGCCUGAGCCCCUCCCUCUCAGCCUCACCCCUCCUAUCACAGACUGCGUCACUCCGGUAGAACAGUCUAUAGACAUAUCUAUAGGCCAGCAUCUUAUAGACCACCCUAUAGGCCAGCAGUCUACAGACUCACUAGACCAUUCUACAGACCUCCAUUCGGAGUACCAUUCAGUUUGCCAGUUUACAGACCACCUUGUAGACCAGCCUACUGGCCAUCAAUCUACAGACCACCUUGUAGACCAGCCUACUGGCCAUCAGUCUAUAGACCACCUUGUAGACCAGCCUACUGGCCAUCAGUCUACAGACCACCUUGUAGACCAGCCUACUGGCCAUCAGUCUACAGACCAUCUUGUAGACCAGCCUACUGGCCAUCAGUUUACAGACCACCUUGUAGACCAGCCUACUGGCCAUCAGUCUACAGACAACCCUGUAGACCAGCCUACUGGCCAUCAGUCUACAGACCACCCCGUAGACCAGCCUAUAGGCCAUCAGUCUACAGACAACCCUGUAGACCAGCAUACUGGCCAUCAGUCUACAGACCAUCCUGUUGACCAGCUUAUAGGCCAUCAGCUUACCGUUUUAGUAUGCCAGUCUAUAGACUUUCCUUCAGUAGACCAGCAGACAGGCCGACUCACUACUGAGUGCCCUUCCCUUCAAACUGAAACAGUGACCGAGUGCCCUCCCGAGUGUCCGUCCUUCCACACAAAGACUAAGUGCCUUUCUCCGUGCCCUACGGAGUUCUCUGUCGAGUGCCUAACCAAAUGUCCUUCCAUGUGCAUUACUGAGUGCCCUUCCCUCCGGACGGAGACAGAUGCAGAGUGUGCUGUCCCCCCCAGCCCCUCCCUGCUCCUCCUUAGCCCCUCCCUAACCAGCCACACCCGUCACGGACACACCCACUCCCUUCCCCUCUCCUCCAGUCCCCCCUUACCUUCCUUAGGGAUGAGCCCUAACCCCUUGACCACUAACCCCAACAUACCCCUCUCCCUCCCUGACAGCCCCCCAUUACGUUCUUUAGAGGCGGUGACUCACAUCCUCUCCUGCCCUCCCUGCCCCUCUUCUCUGCCCCUCUCCUGCCCUCCCUGCCCCUCCUCUCUGCCCCUCUCCUGCCCUCCCUUCCCCCCCACUCUGCCCCUCCCCCUCUCCUGCUCUCCCUGCCCCCCCACCCUGACCCUCCCCUUCCCCUCUAGUCCCUCCACCCAAGCCCUCUCUCCUCCCUCCCUCUCUCCCUGCCCCUCUCCAGCCAUCCCGCUCUCCUCCUCCCCUCCCUCCCUCGCUCUCUGCCACCCCAGCCUGGUUGAUUCCCUGCCCCAACUUUUGCUCCCUCCCACUCCUCUACUACUGCCUCAGUCUCUCCCUCCAACCCCAAAUACACCCUCUCCAUCGCCCCCUACCCAGCUUCUUCGCCAGCCAGCUCCCUCUCUCCACUCAACCAGACAGGCCACCGAGGAGAGAGGAGAGGGAGAGGAGGAGAGAGCAUGGAGGAAGAAAGAGGAGAAGAGGAGGGAUGGGAUGACAGAGGAGGGUGUCUUAAAGCUCUCUCACACACUGAAGGCCCCUGCAGGAGGCAGCCUGGUGGAUGUGUGCUGUGUGUCGUGGCUGUCAGUAGGUGUAUGUGUAGCGGUGGCAGGAGAGUGGGAGGUGUGUGUUUGGGGUCAGACCAACCCCCCACACUGGAGACGACUGCACACCUGGACCUUCAUAGAAUCAGUGAUGUCAGUGUUUCCUGUGCCGGACGCUCCUGGGCUUCUGUGUGUGACUCUGGGCCAUCUGGAAAUCAGAGAGGCCAGGGUACUGUGCUGCUCCAGUCUGUCCCAGGCGGUGCUGUGUGAGGGGGAGGUCCAGAUGGUGUUGGGCAUGUCCAACCGAAGGCUUGUUAGCUCCUCCUACUCUGUAGCCACAACCCCGCUGCAGGUCUACACACUCACACAGGAUGGCAGGCUGCAGGCCUGCCUGUCUUUGGUCUGUCCUACUGAGCGCGUGCGGACCGUGGCGGCGGUGGAGGGACAGACUGACGCUCUGAUUGGCUCAACCCACGGCGGACAUGUUGUUCUGUGGAACGUGGCGACGGGGCAGCUGCUGCGGAGCAUCACUCUGGGAGAUGGUUUCACGGAUACGACCUGCCUCCGAGGAUACUCCCUCUGCGGGGUGCUGUUUGUCCUGUUGCAACACCCGUCCCUGUGUGCUGUGGAGGAGGAAGAGGGAGGGGCUCUGUUCUCGCUGGUCGCCACCAACCCUCUGACUGGCACCGUCGCCCUGGCAACCAGACUAGGCCUCCCCAAAGCCUGCACUGGGAGGCUGGUGGAGGUUGAUGUCCAUGGCUCCAGUGUGGUUGGGGUUUUCCGGUCCGGCUCCGUGUGUGUGUGGCAGCUUGGGGGGCGUCAGGGCCAGCAGGGGGUCUGGUUCCCAGAGCUGGGGUGUCAGCUCGCCCGUUGGGGGGCGCAGGGAACUGUCCUGACGGCACACCUCAAUGGAGACGUCUGCUUACACAGCUACAGACCACUCUGAUCUACUACAGACCACUCUGAUCUACUACAGACCACUCUGAUCUACUACAGACCACUCUGAUCUACUACAGACCACUCUGAUCUACUACAGACCACUCUGAACAACUACAGACCACUAUAGAACACUCUGAACAACUACAGACCACUCUGAACUACUAGAGACAACUACAGACAACUAUAGACCACUCUGAACUCCUAGAGACCACUAUAGACCACUCUGAACAACUACAGACCACUCUGAACCACUAUAGACCACUCUGAACAACUACAGACCACUAUAGACCACUCUGAACUACUAUAGACCACUCUGAACAACUACAGACCACUCUGAACUACUAGAGACCACUAUAGACCACUCUGAACAACUACAGACCACAAUAGACCACUCAUCCACUAUAGACCACUCUGAACAACUACAGACCACUAUAGACCACUCUGAACAACUACAGACCACUAUAGACCACUCUGAACAACUACAGACCACUAUAGACCACUCUGAACUACUGUUAUACAUGCCAGAGAGUCAUGUUUGUUCUACCAAACACAUUUCUAUCUGAAGGUUGUCCAACGUGUCCUGCUGAAUGCAGCCCAGAAGGGAAUACUACACAGCAGGAUCAAUGAGUUUGCGCUAUAACUUUGAUAAGCAACCAGAAAUAACUAUUGAUUUUCUGGUUCAUUAAGAAAGCUAAACUUAGAUAUGUGUUUUUGUUUGUUUUAUUAUACCAUGCACUUUAUAUAUUUCUAUAAAACAAGUUAUUUCAGAAUGUUUAGGCAAGUUAGCUGGAUAACACAUUGAUCUUGCUUUGUAGUAAACACCUGCAACCGUGACCUCUCUGGUGCUGAAUCACAUUUUGAUUCUGAUUCUUCUGAAUCACAUUCUACCACAUCCAAAUGACGUGGUUCAACUGUCUGGUUCCUUAGUCUGUUCCAUAUGUACCUACAUAUAAAUGACGUGGUUCAACUGUCUGGUUCCUGAGUCUGUGUUCCACAUGUACCUACAUAUAAAUGACGUGGUUCAACUGUCUGGUUCCUGAGUCUGUUCCAGAUGUACCUACAUAUAAAUGACAUGGUUCAACUAUCUGGUUCCUGAGUCUGUUCCAUAUGUACCUACAUAUAAAUGACGUGGUUCAACUGUCUGGUUCCUGAGUCUGUUCCAUAUGUACCUACAUAUAAAUGACAUGGUUCAACUGUCUGGUUCCUGAGUCUGUUCCAAAUGUACCUACAUAUAAAUGACAUGGUUCAACUAUCUGGUUCCUGAGUCUGUUCCAUAUGUACCUACAUAUAAAUGACAUGGUUCAACUAUCUGGUUCCUGAGUCUGUGUUCCAUAUGUACCUACAUAUAAAUGACGUGGUUCAACUGUCUGGUUCCUGAGUCUGUGUUCCAUAUGUACCUACAUAUAAAUGACGUGGUUCAACUGUCUGGUUCCUGAGUCUGUGUUCCAUAUGUACCUACAUAUAAAUGACGUGGUUCAACUGUCUGGUUCCUGAGUCUGUGUUCCAUAUGUACCUACAUAUAAAUGACGUGGUUCAACUGUCUGGUUCCUGAGUCUGUGUUCCAUAUGUACCUACAUAUAAAUGACGUGGUUCAACUGUCUGGUUCCUGAGUCUGUGUUCCAUAUGUACCUACAUAUAAAUGACGUGGUUCAACUGUCUGGUUCCUGAGUCUGUGUUCCAUAUGUACCUACAUAUAAAUUACAUGGUUCAACUGUCUGGUUCCUGAGUCUGUGUCCAUAUGUACCUACAUAUAAAUGACAUGGUUCAACUGUCUGGUUCCUGAGUAUGUUCCAUAUGUACCUACAUAUAAAUGACGUGGUUCAA